AUGAAGCUGCACUUCAGCAUCACCGCCGCCGAGGAGCUGCGGGAGAGGCGCGGGGGCCGCUACGUGCUGUACUCCGUGUGCCUGGAGGGCUUCCUGCUCGGCAAGGCGCGCUACAGCCAGCUGCGCCGCUGGGACGCGCAGCUGAGGCGGCUCUUCGGGAGCACCGUGCCUGCUUUCCCACCGAAGUUUUACCUGGCAAUGACCAAGUCCAUGGCUGAUGAGAGACGGUCUCAGCUGGAGCAGUACCUUCAGAACGUUACUUUAGAUUCAAAUAUUACCAACAGUGAUGUCUUCAUAGGUUUUUUCCGAAAGCUACAGCAGGAUACGUUUAAGAUCGAAACCCAGAGAGCUUCUUUGGAUGUUUACCUUGCUGAUGGCAGCAAUAUUACACUUGAUAUCCAGACCUCAGACACUGCAGAAAGAAUAUUAGAGGUUGCAUCAUACAAGAUGGGGCUAUCAAGAGAACUAAUAGGAUAUUUUACCCUAUUUUUUAUUCAAGAUCACAGUGAUGGAGCUCUCUCUGUGGUGAAAAAAGUGGCAGAAUUUGAACUUCCUUAUGUGAGUCUUCAGAGCAUGAAGCAGUUGCACUGUAAGCUUGGAAUCAGGAAGUGGUAUAUGGAUCCUUCUCUUGAUGCAUUGCUGAUGGAUUGUAGAGCUUCAAUGAAUUUGUUAUAUAUGCAGGCAAUCCAGGAAAUAGAGAGGAAUUGGAUUAAACCAACAGAGAGGGAAAUACAGGAGCUUGAAUUUCUACAAAAGACUGCAAACAAAGUGAAGUUCCUGGAGCUGGUUCGAGAAAUGCAGUUCUAUGGAUACAUACGACUUGAUCCUUGCAUUUGCGACUACCCAGAAGUAGGUUGCUCAGCUGAUAUCUAUGUGGGCAAUAAUGAAAUUAACUGCUGCAUAAAAUUGCCUACUAAACAAACCAAAGAGGUCAGCUUUAAGAUCAACAGGUUGAGACGUUGGCAAGUCACUUUUCUUGGUCCGGAAAAGGAUGGUGAAGAAGAGACCCUGGAACUCAGAUUUGAGUACAGAGAUUCAGAUAAAUGGCAGUGGAUAAUUUUUUACACAAAACAGGCCUUUCUGCUGAGUAGCUGCUUGAAAAAAAUGAUUUCAGAACAGAUGAUGAAGGCAAGCAAAGAAGACCAAGAAAUGGAAAUCAAGAUGCCUGAAUCCACAAAAAUUAGUAAGAAACCAAGCAUCCAACAGAAACAGGUAGUUCAUUCCAGUUUUAUAGCAAGGAGAAGAUUUUUGAUUCAGCCAGAUGAAGAGGAUUAUGUCUUUGAGAAAAUAAGAGAGGAGGACCUGUGACAGUCUCAUUUAGAUAUUGUCUUUUGAGAUUAAUUGUCUGAAAAUCAAACUCUUUGAAAUCUUGAAUUAUAAGAAAAGUAUCUUCAGCAUAAUUCCGUGCCUUUGAAAUGGUCUUUAUUUAUGGAAUAUAUAACUGCAGUGAACAAUCAUUUGAGUUAAAAUGUGCUAUGAACCGGGAGACAGCCAUCCUGUCUACAUGUGGGCUUUUUCACAAUGAAAGUAUUGGGACAGAAAAGGAGGGUGUUAACUAGAAAAAAGUUUUAAGAUAUUAGAGGGAAAAAGUACUUUGCUUUAAUGUAUCAGUAUAUACUGCUUCUGUGAGUAUUCAUGUAAUUAAUGUGUUGGCUGAGUAGGCUAUUGCUCUCCUUUGCUGGGACCCAUCAUUCCUUUUCUUAAGCAGAACAGACUAUUGCAGUGCUCUUACUGUGCUUUGAGGUACCAUCAGUGCUGAUAUUCAGGGGAAGCUAGACCCAACAUUAACCAUGUCACUAAGCUGUUUGCUAACUUGAGGAGACUGAAGUGCCUAAACCACAGUAGUCCGUAUCGGGCUUCAAUUCUUUGAUUCUUCUUACCGUGCUUGCUUUGAAAUGCAGAAUCAGAGGAGAGAACAGGGAAGGGAAGUGAGAAUCAAAAAUUGCCAAAUUCUGUUAUGUUGGGGAAAAUCAAGUAACUUCAGCUCUGGUUUGCUGACAGUUUUCCGCUUGCACUUAUACAUCAAAACAUGGGGAGGAAACAACAUCUCGCUAUACAUAGAGGAAUUGCACUCUUGCCUGAUUUUUUUUUUUAAGCUCGCUAUUGUGCUGUAAAUUGGGGAAGCUUUCCUUCCAGCACAAACGUGUGCUACCCAUCAGAGAAGCACAGCUUUGAUAACUAAAGGAAAUCCUGAAGAAAGUUAACAAAAGAAUAAA